AUGAAAAAAUCGGGACUCUCAUUAAGUUCGCGAAUAUUAAAAAGGUUUGAUAAGUUUACUUAAAAAAUAGUUUAUUUCCAAGAAUCUCGUUGUAAUUUGAGAAGUGUGAAGGCGAGAGGAAAGACUAGAAAUACUCCCACCUUGGUACGCAAUACUCUCUGAAACGGGCUUGUUUCAGGCCGUCCGAUCCAUGCUUAGACUUGUUCUUUAUCAUGAUUGUGCUCGCUGUUAUCUUUGGUCUAUUGAUUUGGAACAGUUUUAGUGUUCAUGCAAAGCCCGAGUUAAUACUCGUGCAAGUUGUAAGUAGAAGUUGAUUUUCUUGACCCUCUCAGUUAUUCCGACACGGCCUCAGGACUCCAUUGGAGGUUUAUCCAACUGAUCCGAAUCUAGAAUCCUGGCCAAAAGAGUUGGGUGGGUUGACCGAUGAGGGAAGGGAACAACAAAGACAAUUGGCCAGAUUUCUGCGCGAGAGGUACCAGGAAUUUCUGCAUAAGAAGUAUGAUGACAAAGAAGUAAAUUAAUAACGUAUCGAUUAAACUUUACGCGUAGGUCAAAGUCAGAAGUUCGAACAAAAGUCGGACCAUUGAAAGCGCCAAAAUUAACUUAAGGACAACAUUUAAUGGAUCACAGGACGAUCUCUGGCCGGAAAUCAGUACUGUAGACUACAAACAAGAUUACGUAUGUAAUUCCCGCACUUCCAACAGCUUUUAUUUUUAUAGCUACUUAAUGCCAGAUCAAAUUGUAAACGGAGAUUGGAAUUAUGGGAUCUUUUUCAUCAAGCUCCUGAAUAUAAAGAGGCUGAAAAUACUUACAAAUCAUUACUACUCAACUUGUCCGAACAUUCGAAGAUGACAUUAACACUUGAUAAUUAUUGGGUAAUUGAGGAAUUAACCGAGAUCGAAGUAAGUUUAAGAGUAAUCGUAAUAAUUUCUUGCAGAUUCGUCUAAAUAAACCUGUCCCAAAAUGGGUCCAGGAGAACUACAAAGCUCUGAAAGCAUUAAAUCAUCGAGUUCUUAAUUUUACGAAUGGAUUCAGUGAGAAAUUUUGACAUUUUGUAUUCGCUUUCAGGUCUCUCUCCGUAUAAAGGGAUUGAUUUUUCCUUAGAAGUUCCUAAGUUAAUUGGAGGCCCCAUAUGGAAAGAAAUAACGGAAAGAGCUGACGCUAAAAUAAAUUGUCAUAACUCUAAAGAUGUAGGAUGCAAAAGUGUAAACGAUCUCCGAUAUUACGUAUAUUCCGGGGUAAGAAAGAUAAGUAAUUAUGAUUUGUCAUCAUUUCAGCAUGAUAUGAUAAUAUCAGCCAUUUUUGGAAUACUGGGUGGAAAGAUGAAUUUAGACAAGGAUGGGUACCCUGGACCCGCAUCCAGUGUUAUCUUCGAACUGUGGAGUAAUCAAAAAUCUCAACCGACAUUUAAAGUAUUUUAUCGAGAUGAUACGGGGAACGUUGUUGAUGUUUUGGAGCAUUUAGGAAUAAAAGGGUGGUCUUUUGACGAGUUGAAAAACAGGACGCAUCGGUUUAUACCUCCAGUAUCAAGCGAAGAGGUAUUAGCCAAUCAUUAUAUUAGAGUGGUUUCAGUUUUGCAAUACCUCGUUGAACUGGAAAUGA